CGGCAACCCGGCAACACUGUGACAAGCCAUCAAAUUUAUCCACUUUGCAUGAACGUCAUUAGUCAUACUUAUUAAAUUUUCCUUUUUUGGAAAAAAAUUGCAGUGGUUAUCAUUACAACACCAAAUGGCUCGUUUUUUCAUCAGUAAUGAUUACUAAAAAACCUACAUCAAACGUAAAACAGUGGUUUAAACGUGGUGCAAUAACUCUAAUCGUAGGAGAAGGACUUUGCUUUAUUGGAAGCUAUUUUAUUUGGCGUAAACUUAAUACUGAGAGAGAUUUCCGAAAAUAUUUUCACGAUAACUUCCCGCCUAUCCUUGAGAGCUAUUAUAAAAUAGGAGAAAUUAUUGAUUCAAAAAAUCAAAUACGACAAAUUGAUCUGGAUUACUGGAACAAGGAGAUUUAAUGGCCAAUAGAUGGGUAAGGUCUCUCUUUUGGAUAGUUGCUUGUGGUGGACUUAGUUAUGGUUUAUUAGUACUUACUACCCAAUCUGAAGCCGAUGUUAAGAAACUCAGAGAGCAUAUAGCUACAGAAAAAAAAGAAAAGCUAAGUAAGAAUCAACAGUUUAUGAAUGUACUGAGUGCUGCUUCUGAAAAUAAAAAACCAAUUUAUCGUAUGCCAAAAGAAGAAAUUGAAAAAGAAAUCAAGAAAGACUAAACUUAACUUAUCCACUAUGAACUUUAAUGUACCCAUUGAUCCUUCAAAUGAAACUACUAACAGAUUAAACCAAUUAACCCAAAGAGAAGUAGAACGCCAAGUCAACUUACAAAAAAAGAAAGAUAAUAAAGGUUUGCUUGUUGCUGAUAAUGAAAAAUUGGAAUUUUUUGAAUCAUUGUUUGCUGAAAAAAGAUUGUAUAUAGAACAUUUAAUUGAUUUGUCCAAAGGUAUCCCAGUUAAGGACCUCCCAGACCAUUUUAAUCAGAUUCUAAAAGACAUAGGCACUUUACAGAAAUAUGUAGCAGCUUCAAAUAUUUUCAUAAGAAACUAUGACGUAGAGAGGUGUCAGAAUAUACUACAGGAUCUAACAGUAAAAUCCAAACAACUUGAAGAUGAAUUAUUACCUAAAAAGAAAUUUUCUUUUAAAAACAGAGUCAAACAGAAACCACAAACAUCACAACAAACUCCCAAAGGCAAUGAUGUAGUCGAUUUUAAAGUUAAAAUUGAACCAGAAAAACUGACUAAUGGUUUUUUUAACAGAUGUAACGAGUCUUUGACAUUAAAGGGUGAUGAUCUUUUGAAAAAAGAUAUAACACUAGAAAAAUUAGAAUCUUGUAUAAUUUUUUUGAAAGGUAUGCCCUCAACCUUACAUUUAAACCAACUGAAAAACUGUAAAGUAUUCACUGGACCUGUUACUACAUCUAUAUUUGCUGAACAUUGUGAGAACUGCACCUUAGUUAUAGCUUGCCAGCAGUUAAGAUUACACAACUCAAAAAGAACAGACAUCUAUCUUUUUGUUACUAGUAGAGCUAUUAUGGAAGACUGUACUGAAAUAUCUCUAGCCCCUUACAAUUGGAUAUAUGAGGGCAUUACAAGUGAUUUUGAGAGUGCCUCUUUUGAUACUGCUGUAAAUAAUUGGACCAGCAUUGAUGAUUUUGAUUGGUUGAAUCAGAAACAUUCUCCAAAUUGGAAGGAAAUUGAAGAAAAAGACAGGGUUCAAAGUUGGAAUUAACUUAUGUAGUUUGAAUAGUUAACAGUUAAUAAACAAUAAUGCUUCUGUUUAACUUUUUUUUU